UGAUUGCAAAUAUUUACUUGGUUUCCAUGCUGGAAACGCUGAUUAUUACAUUUAAAACUUUUUGUUACGUUGCACGAAUUACAACCAGAAUUGUCAUAAACCAAAGGCCCAAAUGGACAAAAUCACACUUACCUCUGACUGUGUAAUUUCCUGUGAAUUAUGUAAGGAGCAGAAAGCUAAGUACACUUGCCCAAGAUGUGGUAUUCAGUAUUGCUCUGUGAUGUGCUAUAAAUCUUUUCAACACACUCAAUGCUCAGAGUAUUUUUUUAAGGAAUGUGUAUUAAAGGAAUUAAUUGGGAGUAACAUGGAAAGCCAGUUGGGACAAAAUCAGAAAACAAAUAUGGAAAAUCUAAUGAAGAAAGACAGUAUGAACUAUGCAGAAGAUCUUGAUUCAGAUGAUUCCGAAGACAGCUAUGAUGACAAUUUUAUUAGCAGAAUGAAAAAUGUUGACUUGAAUGAUUCAGAUGCUGUAUGGAGUCUUCUGAAUGAGAAGGAAAGAACAGAAUUCCAAAGAAAACUGUUCACUGGAGAAAUUGUGCAAUUGCUUCCAAGUUGGAACCCAUGGUGGAUACAAAAACCAAAUAUCCCAACCAAAGAAAAUGAUGUUCCAGAGCCAAUGGAAAUUCCACCUAUUAAGACUACAAUUCCUUUAUUGUCUUCAAUGAUGCACAAAAAACCAAAUGGGAAAGUGGUUAAUGGAUUGGGAAACAUACUAUAUGGUUACGCGUGUGCCUCACGUCUUUAUAUGCAAGAUUGGACUGGGAGCAUCAGGUUCGUCAUAGAAACUCUCCUGGCCGCUUCUACGAUUCUUUAUACCAACCAAUGCUUUGAGACAGCCCAGGAAGCUAUAACUUGUGCACAGUUUUCUGCACAAAAGCUCCUUGAUAUUUCAGAUGAGUUGAACUUGCUGGUGAGAAAUGAUCUAGAACAAAUUCUAAAGAGCCGAAAAUUUCUUUUGGCUGCAUUGUCAGAUAUCAGCGCUCUGCUUCAUAAAGGUGCAGACACUAAAUGUGCUCCUGUAAAGCGUUUGCACAUUGCUAUCAAGAAAGUCGAUUUUUAUCUUUCGCUUGUCAAUGAAUAUGAUCUAACCCUAUCCAAAUGUAACGUUGAAUGUUAAAAUAAAUAUUUU